CUGAGCAGACCCGGACCCGCUCCGUCCUCAGGAGAGCCGAACCGGACCGGACCGGACCAGGUGGAGGUCCGUGAGGCGUUCACGGACCGCGUCUGUGUGCGUUUCCGGAUAGAGGACGCGAGUGUUAACGACCACGGCUCCGGUCCUCAGAGGUCACGGUGAACCGGGUCACGGUAGACCUGCUCUCAGGACCGGACCCGGACUCCUAAAACCCUCAGACCCUGAGACUCGGAGUUAAUUUCCUGAUUCCUUUCAAAUGUCAAACUGAGACUAAAAGGCGCAGCUGAAGCCUUUCUGGAUCAGAGCAGGACUGAGGUGUCAUUCAGCUGGAGGACAGGAUCUGCACAGGAGCCCACACAUCUAACACAGACCAGCACCAGGACCAGCACCAGGACCAGCACCAGGACCAGUUCCCGUGGUCCUCCUGGUUCUGAGCUGAGCGCUGUACGGAGGCCCGUGAGGCUCAUCUGUCCAGGAUGCUGCAGCUGUGUCAGGUGACCAACGCCCUCUUCAUCAGUAACGCGCGUUCGGCCUGCAGCGAGCAGCUCAUCCAGCAGGAGGCGGUGACGCUCUGCAUCAACGUGUCCAAGCAGCAGCCCUUCCCCUCGUCGGCCAUCAUCAAGCUGCAGGUCCCGGUCUACGACGACCCCAACGAGGACCUGCUCAGCCACUUCGACCGCUGCGCCGACGCCAUCCACAAGGAGGCGGGGCGAGGAGGGCGGAGCGUCGUGUAUUGUAAAAACGGACGCAGCCGAUCCGCCACCAUCUGCAUCGCCUACCUGAUGAAACACCGCAAACUGACGCUGAACGACGCCCUACAGAAAGUGAAAACGGCUCGACACGUGAUCGACCCGAACCCCGGAUUCAUGGAUCAACUGCGGAAAUAUGAACAGGAGCUGAAGAGGAGACGAGGGGCAGGAGGAGGAGGAGGAAGAGGAGGAGGAGACAAAGACUGAGGAGGAAGAGGAGCAAGAAGUGUCAGCGUUUCCGACCUGUAGUCCGACACCGCUGACAGGAAGUCCCUGAGCACUGAUCUGAGGUCGGUGUCACCGCGGCUGAAACUUAAAGCUGAUAGAGUCAUCCAGGAGACGCUCCAUCCUCCAGCCGUCUGUUCUCAGCCUUCACUCAGAAGCACACAGACACUGGCAGCUCCGUUUACGCUGGUUUUAUUUUUAACGGUCCCUCCAGAAAAACGCAAUUAUGCGAUCACGUAAUUCAAUGCAUAAUCAAGCAAAUAGUAGUGAUGGGAAGUCCAAUUCUUUUAACGAAUCCAAUUCUUUCACUUUGUUGCGAAUUGAUUCCUUAAUUUAAGAAAAAAUCCUGUGAGCGUUGGUUGUGAACCGGUGGUGUUUCACUACGAAGCAUUUGCUUCUGCUACCCUCAACAUAUGAGGGUGGUGAGGUCGAACCCGAAAUAUCUCUGUUUCUCAUCCAUCUAUGAGCAAUAUAAUUAGAAAAACAUAACAUGCACACUUGAAAACCCUUGUUUUUGCACAUACGGACGGCAAAGGAUCAUUACAAAACUGAAUAUAGAUUUUCCACUAGUUUAUCAAUAAUAAUACUACUGUCAACAGUUCAUUAUAUUUAAUAUGCAUCUAUCUAUCUAUCUAUCUAUCUAUCUAUCUAUCUAUCUAUCUAUCUAUCUAUCUAUCUAUCUAUCUAUCUAUCUAUCUAUCUAUCUAUCUAUCUAUCUAUCUAUCUAUCUAUCUAUCUAUCUAUCUACUUUAUGUUGCUUAAAACAACUUUGUGCUCUGUUUAAUUCAUGUUUUCUUUUACACUCUAAUGUUUUAAACAUGACAAUAAUAGUCGACUUCAGAUCAACGAUUUGUGAAGGAUUCAGUGAAUCAGUUCAGUGAAUCGGCUCUUCUCUGCUGCUCUUCCAUUCGGCCGUUCACUACCUCAGAUCGGUCUGUCCGUCGCCGGCAGCUUGUGAUGUUGCUGUGGAGACGACCUGCUGCGCAGUUCGUCACACAGCACUUCCACCUCCAACUGAAUGAGUGAUUUUGACUAGUUUAUAUGAUAAUAAACAAAAUAUUAACAAACUGCUGCUGAAUCGAUUCAGUUGCGUUCACGAAUUGAUUCAACUCGUUCACUUAAAUGAAUCAAUUGUUCUGAAUGAUUUGUGGUGCACAUUAUGCACUUUACGCACAAAACGGGUGCAUAUUUACUGCAAUAAUAGCAGCAGGGUUCGCAUGAUUUCAUGAUCCCUGCAUUUUUACACAUAAAGUUUAAAAAAAUUGCAUUGUAACAUGAUACGAGUAGUGACACUAACAGAGAACCUCAGAAAAAAUCCUGCAAGAUGAUGAAAAAUGCAGCUCAUUUGCCAACAAAAACAUCUGCAAAAGAUGAAGCAAACCAGUACCUGAUGUCCUUCAGGAAACCAGGCUUUUACUUUUUUCACCACAUGCACGUGUUCGUUAGAACACAAGAGAAAAUCAGUGUUGUUUUGUGGCUACCUCUGCCGCUACCGCUGCCACAAUAAUACUAGCAAAUUAGACUACUGGUAUUAUUAGAUAUUUUUGUAUUCUUACAAGAACUAUUAUUUCCUCCCUCACUCCCCCCUCUCUCUUUCUCACUUUCAUUCACUCCCCUCUUCCCUGUCGCCCCCUAAAGGGUCUAUAUUGUUUAGUUGCUCUUUAGAUUUAUUAUCUUUUUCAUUGUAGUAUGAUGUUGUCGUUGUUGUUUGUCACUACUCUGUUGUUGUUGUUUUUGGUUUGUUUAUUUCUUUGAUUUUUCCCUUUGUUUAUGUGUUGUUGUUUUUCUGUCCACAAUGUCUUGUUAACCAUCACUAAUAAAAAAAAAAAAGAACAGAAGAGAAGAGAAAAUCCACGUUUUUCUAGUUCCCGCAUAUUUUCACAACUUCGUGCAUUUUUUGCAAAUUUCACCGCGUAAAAUCCCAUAAAACCCCACAUAUUCCAACACAUAUUCUCUUUUUUCUGGAGGGGCAGUUUUAAAUUUAUUAGAUAAAAGUAUUUAAGAUAUAAGUGAAAUAUAUAAGAGCAAGAAGAAUGUAUUUAUUCUGCUACUCAGGGUUUAGACAGCGGUUAUUCCUGCUCAUGUUCCUGCUCUGACAAUAAUCAUUUUGAUUUGUUCGGAUUCUAAUGACAUUGUCUGUGAAUGAAAUAAAAACCUGUUAGACUGAU